AUUUAUACUUACACAAGAAUCUAGGUAUUGGGUAAGGAGGCAAUGACGAAAGGAGCUAUGUCAGCAGCGACUUGGACUCGUUGCUUGUCGUCUAUAACUCCUUGUUGUUAGCUAUGGCUGCGUAUGUAUUUUAAAUAUAAAAGGACUUUAAAAUUGAUAUUAAUAACUAAAAUUGAAAUGAAAGUGUCCAUCUAUUUGCUCCAAAGUCCAACUACUUAAAAUUCAGUCCUAGGAAGGAGGUGGCACAGAAGUUGAUCGCAAGAACUGAAAUUGGGUCUGAAGAAUGGGGAAGGAGAUGAUCGGUUUGCCUAUUGUAGGGAUGGUAAUGGCAGAGGUUGCUCAAGUUGGACUCAUGAUAAUGGGCAAAGCAGCAAUGUCCCAUGGGAUGCCCAACUUCGUCUUUGUUUUCUAUUCCAAUGCUCUUGCCUCUCUCAUUCUCCUCCCUGCUUCUUUUCUCUUCCACAGGUACCGUUCGUUCUCUCUCUCUCUCUCUCUCUCUCUCUCCAUAAUUCCCAUUUCACUUUCUCCUUUGAUUUUCCGUUUUCCCUGCAGAUCACACCUUCCUCCACUCACUUUCUCUAUUCUUUGUUGGUUUUUCUUGCUUGGCCUUCUUGGUUGCUUUGCCCAGAUUUCUGGGUAUGCUGGGAUAUAUUAUAGCUCGCCUACUCUGGCAACUGCCAUGCUUAAUCUCAUCCCAGGUCUCACCUUCAUCCUUGCUGUUGCUUUCAGGAUGGAAACACUGAAUUUGAGAAGUAGCACUAGCCAAGCCAAAUCACUGGGAACCAUAGUGUCAAUUGCUGGGGCAUUCAUUGUUACUUUCUAUAAAGGCCCCUCACUUUUGAUGGCACCCUCACAUUCAAGCUCACCUCAUCUACUUUUAGGGCAGCAGUCUAAUUGGGUCAUUGGAGGAUUUCUCCUUGCAGCUGAUUGUGUGUUUGCUUCUGCCUGGCUUAUUGUACAGGCAUCAGUUCUUAAGAAAUUCCCAGCUGAGCUUUUUGUUGUCUUCUAUUAUUGCUUCUUUGUCACCCUUCAAUCGGGAAUAAUCUGUUUGAUCAUGGGAGGAGAUCUUAGUGCUUGGAGCUUUAAACCUGAUGUGAGAUUGGUCGCUGUUAUAUACUCAGCUGUGUUUGGCUCUGCAUUCCAACUUGGGGUUUCUACCUGGUGUAUGCAUCGGACAGGUCCUGUUUUUGUUUCCAUGUUCAAGCCUUUGGGAAUUGUUGUUUCAGUAGUCAUUGGUGUUAUCUUCUUAGGGGAUACAUUCUUUCUUGGAAGUUUAGUUGGUGCAAUUGUCAUUGUUACUGGGUUUUACUCGGUGAUGUGGGGAAAAGCAAAAGAAGGGAAGUUAGACGUGCAAACUCAGGGGAUGAUGUCAGAAUCAAGCAGUCAAAAAGUUGCUUUAUUGUCAAAUAAUACCGGAGAACCGUAGGAGUUUUCUUUACAGUCAAUCAAAAACAGGGUAUCCACUGCCGACAGUAGUGACUAAUCUUUUCGUCGCAAGCUCUCUCUGAUGAGGUAAACGGCUAGCCAUGAAAUGUACUUUAUCCUCAUGAGUGAAGAUCGAAUCCUUGGCCACAUGAUUAAGGGAUGAGUUGAGUAACCACCACAUUAUAUCUCAUUAAAUUAUUGAUAUUAAGAUUCUCUAAUUGAACAUAAAAGAACAUAAGAGAAGCAGUAUGCAAAUCUAGAAA